AUGGAGAAGCCAAAUGAUACAGGCAAAAGAGAUUUUAGACCGUCCUUGAAUCGUUACGCCACGCUCCCUAUGUAUAAAAUCUGUUGGCUGCCACCGCAAGCCAGAACUGCUCCCUUGACAUACAGAAGACAAGCAUUGCCUAGCAAGGAUCUCGAUUUCAAAGGAUACCAUGGUUUCAAAAUAAGGCUAUCUUCCCUUCCUACAGCGGAAGACGAUUGGCAUUCUUCCAUCUCUGUAUACAUCUGGGCCUUGCCAGACAGCCUCAAUCCGUUUCACAGCGAUGCUUGUGGAUUCUGGGAUACAUCGGAAGGUCAUGUGGGUUCAGUGAUUUUACACUUUUCUCCUAGACUUUCCCAACUUCUUUCCCCACCAGUUUCAGGCAGAAAAGAAGACAUCUCACUCUGGCACACCAACGGCUUGAAAGGAUUGACGAAAGCUUUUUGUUCACCAAUGCGAGUCACAAGGGCUAUACUGUGUCCGAAGUCUCUGACUACCUUCGGUGCAACAGAGGACGAGAAGGAGGAUCGAGAAGAAGUCUGUCUAAAAGGCUUACUGAAAGGAUUGGCUAUAGUAGCUCUUCUGAUAACGAAACGAUCCAUGUCUAGAUCCCAGUCGCUCCAAAUUGGUCUUGGAUAUCCAUUUGCUGAUCGUUGCAAGAUCAUGAAUGGGGAGUAUAAAGCCGAGGACAGGUAA